AUGAGCUACUACAAAAAAGCGUUGAUGGAAAAUUACGUAAAGGAGCUACAAAUGAGAGCAAAAGAAAGUGAAACACGUGAUGUCUCUCAUAGGAAGACAAAAAAUUGUGGACGUAAGAGAAUUUCAAUUGAUGAGAAUCAAAUUCGUGAACUUCCUUUCAGUCAAAGAACAAACAUUCGAUCUUUAGCUUUUGCGUUGAAAACCAAUCCAACAUCGGUGUUCAGGCUUAUAAAAUCAGGGGCUAUAGGGCGUAAUUCAAAUGCCAUAAAACCACUGUUGAAAGAAGAAAACAAAAUAUCUAGGCUGGAAUUUUGUUUAUCAAUGCUUGAAGGUACACCACAUGAUCCAAUGUUUAAGAGCAUGCACAAUAUUAUUCAUAUUGAUGAAAAAUGGUUUUAUAUGACUAAAAAAUCCGAGAAGUAUUAUUUGCUCCCAGAUGAAGAUGAGCCAUAUCGAACAUGUAAGAGCAAAAAUUUCAUUGCCAAAGUUAUGUUCUUAGUUGCUCAAACUCGACCACGAUUUGACUCAGAAGAAAAUGAAACUUUUUCGGGUAAAAUUGGUGUUUUUCCGUUUGUUACCCAUGAACCGGCUAUAAGGUCAAGUAUUAACAGAGUUGCGGGAACAAUGGUAACAAAAGCAAUAACUACGGUAAAUAGAGAUGUGGUAAGAUCAUUCCUUAUUGACAAAGUUCUACCCGCUAUAAGAGAAAAAUGGCCAAGAGAUGAAUUUGAGUCAACAAUAUUUAUCCAGCAGGAUAACGCAAGGACGCAUAUAAACCAUGAUGAUCCUUUAUUCCGUGAAGCUGCCACCAAGGAUGGGUUUGAUAUUCGUUUAAUGUGUCAGCCUGCAAACUCUCCAGAUUUGAAUAUCUUAGACCUUGGUUUUUUCUCGGCUAUACAAUCAUUGCAAUACAAGGAAGCACCGAAAACUAUUGAUGAACUUAUCAGUGCAGUGGUGAAGUCAUUUGAAAAUUUUCCUUCAAUUAAGUCCAAUCGUAUAUUUGUAUCAUUGCAACUAUGCAUGAUAGAGAUCAUGAAAGAGAAAGGUUCCAAUAAACAUAAAAUUCCUCAUGUAAAUAAGGAAAGGCUUGAAAGAGUAGGACAACUACCAAUUCAAAUUAAGUGUGAUCCAAUAUUAGUACAAGAAGUCAAAAAUUACUUAAACAUGGAGUAA